CACCCUGAACCCACACCUCGAGUACAAUUUUCAGCCUCCUUCCGUGGCCAUCUGUUCAUGUGAACAGCAGCCAUGACAUCGCGAAAGACGCAACAAGAGAUCGACAAGACCUUCAAGAAGGUCGCCGAAGGUAUUCAGUCGUUCGAGGGCAUCUACGAGAAGAUCCGCUCCACGUCAAAUCCGACCCAAAGGGAUAAGCUCGAGGAGAACUUGAAACGGGAGAUCAAGAAGCUCCAACGGUAUCGCGACCAGAUCAAAUCAUGGGCGUCAGGCAAUGAGGUCAAAGACAAGGGACCGCUGCUGGAGCAGCGCCGAGCCAUCGAAACUUGUAUGGAGCAGUUCAAAGCUGUAGAAAAGGAAAUGAAGACAAAAGCAUACUCGAAAGAGGGCCUUUCGGCCGCAUCCAGACUCGAUCCGAGAGAAAAGGAAAAGGUGGAGACAAGUGACUUCUUAUCGAGUAUGGUCGACGAGUUACAACAAAAGAUCGAGGCCAUGGAGGCCGAGGAAGAGACACUGCAUAUGCAGAUGAAGAAGGGUAGGAAGGAUGUCGCCAGGGCCAACCGAUUAGCGGAUCUUACGCGGAUAACGGAACGACAUAAGUGGCAUGUCAAUAAGCUGGAACUCUUGCUACGAUCGCUGCAGAACGGGAAUGUGGAGGUAAACCAAGUGUUGGACUUGAAAGAAAGCAUAAAGUACUAUGUAGAGGACGGGCAUAAUGUGGACUACUCUGGCGAGGAUGAGACCCUUUAUGAUGACCUGAAUCUAGAUGGUGAGACUGAGGCACAGUUCGGCAUGACGGGUGACAACGACCGGGUAUCAUCGCAAGAUGCACAAUCUGUCCAGGAUGAAGAGCUGGACUUGAAGCCGAAACCCGUCAAGAGUGAACCCAUAGCGCCUCGAAGACCCUCAGCGCAGAUGAAAUCGCCGCUCCCAGUGCUUGCGACGCUACAUCCGUCGACGUCUACCAGUGCUACAUCUGGGAUGAAGCCCGCACCACCGCCCACCCGUCUACCUGGGGAGACCCUCAAAUAUGCCUCCGCGGCGGCGCGGCGGCAGCCAGCGAUAAGAACGGGGCCGGCCGCGACGGCCAGUAUCACUUCGGAGGAGCGGUCCAAGACGCCCGCGCACAGCCCCAAUGUCACCGCUGCGAGUGCGUCGAACACGGUGCAGUCGACGCCUGCGACCAAGAAGGCGGAGACGUCAGCCACCAAGGAACCACAGCCAACGGUGAACGGUGAGGCGAGCAAGGAAGAGUCGCGCGAGGAGGAAUCGAUAUACCACCUGCCUCCGGGACUGCAAGAUCUGAUCCAUUCCUUCGAGGUGACCAAGAGCCGAGCGGCCGCACAAAGUUCCACAAACCCCCCUCCUUCAGUGCAACGGCUCCUUACGGCAUCACUCAAUACCUGUCCCGAGCCGGCGGAUGCUGAAAAGCCACGUCACUAUAAACCUCAGAACCCGUACAAUACCCCUCUUUAUUACCCUCAAGAGCCGCUUGCCAUCUUCGACGACCCCCGGUUAUACGACACGGGACGGAUCGAUACGGAUACACUGUUCUACCUGUUUUAUUACCGACAAGGCACAUAUCAACAAUUCUUGGCGGCCAAAGCGCUCAAGAACCAAAGUUGGCGAUUCCACAAGCAGUACCAAACCUGGUUCCAACGGCACGAGGAGCCCAAGACCAUCACAGAGGAAUUCGAACAAGGGACGUAUCGGUUCUUUGAUUACGAGAGUACAUGGAUGAACCGUCGUAAGGCCGAUUUCAAGUUUGUCUACAAGUACCUGGAAGACGAACUAUAA